CAGAUAUCAACAUCCAUUCAGCUGUGAGGCCUCUCUUCAUGGAGUCUGUCAGGGGAAUUCUGGUGCAUUAUGGGUACUGUAGUUUCUGUCAAGACUGGUUAUUGUACUGUCAGCGGUUCUUCACGUCUGGGAUCGGGGCGGAUUGGAUCUUCCUCAUGCUGCUGGAACUCGCCAUGACACUGAUCAGCUUUAUCAUGGAUAUCUUCAUCUUCAUCUUCCUCUUCAUUGACGAUUCGAAGCAGCUACAUGAUAUUGACAACAAAGUUUGUGAACUACAACAUUUUUUUACAAUCGAUCAAAAUGGGUUUUGAAAAGCAUCGAGACGACUGCUACAAAGCAAGUUGGAUCAUCUUGUCUGGACUCUACAGAACAUACUACAGCCCAUGUCUUGCUGUUUUAUUCACCUCUGUUUUUCUGUUUUUAUCUGUGAUAAAGAGUGUGUAACAGUGUUCUCCAGGUGUUGAAUAAAAAAAUGGCUAAACUCUAUUUGAUGUUUUCCUGUUGUAUGACAUCUGUGUUUAACAUGGAACUCUAACAAUAACACAAUUCAUGUACAUUGAUUGAUGUUUACAGUCCUGCAGAAAUAUUACUGUCCGUGGGACUGAAUCCAUCAGAUUAUUGACAAGUACUCAGAAAACAUGACAGCAAACAUGAUGUUUAAUAAACUGCUGCUUCAAUGUAAAUGUAAUAAGUGACUUAUCAAGGUAUUCAUCAAUAUUUUU